UAGCUCUGUUAUCAGCUAUGAGCAAGAGCUUCCUGCAGAAUUUCACUGCACUUUUUGCCUUUCUUUGACAAGGCCUCUGUUUAUUCUCUGGUUUUGUCAAUUAAAUCCACUAUUUUUUUUCCUGGAUUUUUCAACGUCUCUGCCCAAGAUUUUGAUGAAUUUGCAGAGAAUCUCUUGAGGUCUAAAAUCAGCAAUUUUUUUUACAUUGAUAUUAGACCUCUGUUUCGUUGAUUUCUCUCCCAAUCUUUUCUGUAAUACUAUAUUCAUACAAUUCUCUCGUUUCCAGUGUUUUUAGUCUGGUCUACGAAAUAGCAUUCUCUUGGGUUCCUCUUGUUUUUCUUCUUUUCUAAUUCAUAGAAUCAGAGUCAAGUAAGCACGCCAUGGCCAGCCUGUUUCAGAGCUCCUCGCUCAGAAAUCCCAGAUUUGAGACGGCAGUCUGGGCGGCAAAGCUCUUGCUCCUAUCCAUGGGGGUUGUUUCCAUUUUUAUGAUGUUCAAGGUGUCAAUAGUUCCGUACACAGUUAACUUGUCGGCGUCCACUCUUCCUGGCCUCUGGAUCUCCCUCCGGAGCUGGCUGUCUCCGCCGUACAUCUACAUCAUCGUCAACUUCAUCAUAAUCACCAUCGCCGCCUCGUCCACCUUCCAACACCCAAAUCACCACCAUUCAUCCUCAUCGCCCACCAAUGCCAAGCCGGUCACCGCCGCCGCCGCCGCCGACCAAUUCCAGAACGAAGACGAAACCAAUAGCUCCGAAGACCCCCCCAAUUCAAACGCUAUACCAACUACAGCCAACAUUGAUGAUUUCCACGAGACCAUCUGGGACGACAUCAUGCAACAGCAAGAGGAGCGGCAGGUGGAAGAUACUAAUCUGCCCAAUGCUUCGCCGGAAACAUUUCCCGGCGAGAAGGAGGAGGUGGAGGACGAGGACGAGGACGACAGCCUGGACGCGACGUGGAACGCGAUCAUGGAGGCGCAAGGGAAGCCGGUGACGCGGCAGCUGAAGAAGAGCGACACGUGGGACGUGCCACCGCGUGUCGGGAGGAUAGAGGCGGCAGAGAAAAAUGAUGGGGUUGGUGGCGGCGGCUGCGAUGAUGGUGAUCCGGUGGCUUGGGAUCGGCGGGAGCUGAGGAAGGCGGACACCUUCAACGACAGAGGGUCGUUGAACAGGAGGGACAAGUCGAUGAGUCAGGACGAGUUGAAACGGCGAGCGGAAGCGUUCAUAAAGAAGAUCAAUUAUGAGAUGAGGCUGGAGAGGCUGGAAUCUCAGCAGCGUUUGAUGGAGAUGGUUAAUGGUGGUGUUUAGUUUUACCUUUUUUAAUUAAUUAGGAGUAUUUUAACGUAUUAAUUAGUAUUAAAAUGCAUGACAAUCUCUGUUUUAUGUUAAUAGUAGUAAAAAAAAAAAAAAGAAAAAAGAAAAAAAAAGGAAGGUAAAAACCCAUGCAAUUGGUGAUGGAGUUGGAGGUGAAACUUUUUAGUGAUAAAUCUGGAAAUAUGGGGAGUGCUUCUGUUGGUCUUACGACUCUUACCAUCCAUUUGGAAUCUGAUAUUUUAGAAUAGAUUUUAUGGAUAUGGUGUGUGGAUGGGGUGUGUAUUAGUGUAUAUAUAAUUAAUAUAUACAUAAACUCUCUGCUUUUGUAUUA